AUGGCUCGUACAGCAAGGGCCCUUGGGUUCCUUGUUCUAUGCGCCUUAGCGUACUGCGCUUUGGCAGCAGAUGAUGCGCCGAAGCUGGGCACGGUGAUCGGCAUCGAUCUCGGCACCACGUACUCGUGCGUGGGCGUGUACAAGAACGGCCACGUGGAGAUCAUCGCCAACGACCAGGGUAACCGUAUCACGCCCUCGUGGGUGGCCUUCACGGACUCGGAGCGUCUCAUCGGCGAGGCGGCGAAGAACCAGUUCGCGUCCAACCCCGAGAGAACAGUCUUCGAUGUCAAGCGACUCAUUGGCCGCAAGUUCGCGGACAAGGAGGUGCAGCGCGACAUGAAGCUGGUGCCGUACAAGAUCGUGAACCGCGACAGCAAGCCGUACGUGGAGGUGGAGGUGAAGGGCGAGAAGAAGGUGUUCUCGCCCGAGGAGGUGAGCGCCAUGAUUCUGGGCAAGAUGAAGGACACGGCGGAGGCGUACCUGGGCAAGAAGAUCAAGGACGCCGUGGUCACCGUGCCCGCGUACUUCAACGACGCGCAGCGCCAGGCCACCAAGGACGCGGGCGUGAUCGCGGGGCUGAACGUGGCUCGCAUCAUCAACGAGCCAACGGCGGCCGCCAUCGCGUACGGCAUGGAUAAGAAGGGCGGCGAGAAGAACAUCCUGGUGUUCGACCUGGGCGGCGGCACGUUCGACGUGAGCAUCCUCACGAUCGACGGCGGCGUGUUCGAGGUGCUGGCGACCAACGGCGACACGCAUCUGGGCGGGGAGGACUUCGACCAGCGGAUCAUGGAGUAUUUCAUCAAGCUGAUCAAGAAGAAGUACAACAAGGACAUCAGCAAGGACAACAAGGCGCUCGGCAAGCUGCGCCGCGAGGCGGAGCGCGCCAAGCGCGCGCUGAGCAACCAGCACCAGGUUCGCGUGGAGAUCGAGUCGCUCUUCGACGGCACGGAUUUCUCGGAGCCGCUGACGCGCGCGCGGUUCGAGGAGCUGAACAACGACCUGUUCCGCAAGACGAUGGGGCCGGUGAAGAAGGCGAUGGAGGACGCCGGGCUGCAGAAGACGGAGAUCCACGAGAUCGUGCUCGUCGGCGGCAGCACCAGGAUUCCGAAGGUGCAGCAGCUGCUCAAGGACUACUUCGACGGCAAGGAGCCGAGCAAGGGCGUCAACCCCGACGAGGCCGUCGCGUACGGCGCGGCCGUGCAGGGCGGCAUCCUCAGCGGCGAGGGCGGCGACGAGACCAAAGACAUUUUGCUGCUGGACGUGACGCCGCUGACGCUGGGCAUUGAGACGGUGGGCGGCGUGAUGACGAAGCUGAUCACGCGCAACACCGUCAUCCCCACGAAGAAGUCGCAGACGUUCACGACGUACCAGGACCAGCAGACGGUGGUGUCGAUCCAGGUGUUCGAGGGCGAGCGCGCCAUGACCAAGGACAACCACCUCCUCGGCAAGUUCGACCUCACCGGCAUCCCGCCCGCCCCGCGCGGCGUGCCGCAGAUCGAAGUCACGUUCGAGCUGGACGCGAACGGCAUUCUGAACGUGAAGGCGGAGGACAAGGGGUCGGGCAAGAGUGAGAAGAUCACCAUCACCAACGACAAGGGGCGCCUCAGCCAGGACGACAUCGAGCGCAUGGUGCGCGAGGCCGAGGAGUUUGCUGACGAGGACAAGAAGGUCAAGGAGCGCGUGGACGCGCGUAACUCCCUGGAGACGUAUGUGUACAACAUGAAGAACACGAUUGGCGACAAGGAGAAGGUGGGCGGGAAGAUCUCGGAUGAGGACAAGGAGACAAUUGAGGGCGCGGUGAAGGAGGCGCUGGAGUGGCUGGACGACAACCAGAGCGCGGAGAAGGAGGAGUACGAGGACAAGCUCAAGGAGGUGGAGGGCGUCUGCAACCCCAUCAUGACCAAACUCUACCAGGCGGGCGGCGGGCCCAGUGGUGGUGCUGGGGCUGGUGGUGAGGAGGAUGAGGAGCCCGAGGACCACGACGAGCUGUGA